GCCCCAAUCAAAAGAACUGUAUUUGUCGGAUCAAGAAUGUAGUGAUCUCGAGGAUAGAGAAGAUCCUGGAUCUGUGGAAGAAUACGUUGAAGAUGCUGAUUCCCUUGAUCCAGCAGAAAACAUUCAAGUAGAUCAAGAAAGAAGUGAAUUAACGCUAGAUAAUGAGGAAAGUGGUAGUGCUUUAAGUGAUGGGGAGAAUGCCGAUGUAGAAGAGAGUACAGAUAUGGACGCCAAACCAGGAGAACAGAUUCUGAAAGAGUUUGUCUUAAACUGAUGUAUAUUCAACUACUUUAUAAUGUCUCGUCUAAAGUUUUUGCUCUUAUUGUCAGUCUGGUGUUUGGCCUAUUGAAUAUAAUUGCAGAAACAUUCUGUGUGAAGGAACUGGCAGAUUUGCUUAGAGAUUGUUCAUUCAGUGUAUAUAAGAUAAAAAAAAUGCUUGGAUUGAACAAAGAUUUGUUUGAAGUUUUUGUUGUAUGCCCAUCAUGCAAUACUUCAUACAAACAGCAGGAUGCAGUGAAAAAGUCAUCAGCCGGUGUGCUUCAGUCCCGAAUAUGUACCUAUAAGCCAUACCCAUGGCAUCCCCAAAGGACAAAACGUGGAAUAUGUGGAACUGUUCUAAUGAAAAGAGUGAAAACUAAAGACAAGCGGGAAUAUCUUUCACCCAAAAAGUGCUAUCCAUAUGCAAGUAUAAUAACUUCUUUGAAGGAUUUCUUAUCUAGACAAGGUUUCUUAGAAAAAUGCAAUUUGUGGAAAAAAAGGAAGAUUGUUGAAGGACAAUAUGAAGAUGUAUAUGAUGGUAAGGUUUGGAAAGAUUUUCAGACAUUAGAUGGGAAACCAUUCCUUGAAGAUGGAAAGACAUUUGGACUAAUGUUAAAUGUUGAUUGGUUUCAGCCCUAUGAGCAUGUAGUUCAUUCAGUUGGAGUUAUAUAUUUGUCAAUAAUGAACCUGCCAAGAGAAGAGAGGUUUAGGGAAGAAAACCUUAUGGUUGUUGGAUUGAUACCAGGUCCCAAUGAGCCAGCAGGAAAUAUAAAUACUUUCUUAACCCCACUAGUGAAUGAGCUUAAGAAGCUUGAAAAAGGAGUGAACUUAUCAGGAAAUAUUUAUCGUGCUGCUUUACUUUGUGUUGCUGCUGAUUUACCAGCUGUCAGAAAGACGUGUGGUUUUCUGUCCUGUGCUGCUAAACAGGGCUGCUCAAAAUGCCUUAAAACAUUCAAGUGUGGUGGUUUUACAGAAAAAAUGGACUAUUCAGGAUAUGAACAACAUCCCUUGCGAAAUGGGGAGGUGCACAAAAAAAAGAGCAAAUGUGACUCAAAGACAAGUAACACCCUCGUCAAGGAAGCAGAAAGAAAUUAUAUUAUCCGCUAGGUACUCAGUUUUGAAUGAACUGCAGUACUUUGACCCAGUUCGUUUCCACAUUAUUGAUCCAAUGCAUAAUUUGUUACUUGGUACAGCAAAACAUAUGGUAACUGUUUGGAAAGAUAAUAAUCUGUUAACAAAUGAAUGCUUUGAGGCAAUUAAUGAGAUUCUCAAUGACAUUGUGGUUCCCCGAGACAUAGGCAGAAUACCAAACCAGAUUGCUACUAAACUUACAUCUCUUACUGCAGACCAAUGGAAACACUGGACGUGUAUUUAUUCAUUAUUUGCUUUGAAAGACAAACUAGGAGUUGAACAUUAUAAUUGUUGGAGUUGUUUUGUAUCUGUCUGCAGAUUACUUUGUAAACGUUCAGUUUCUCAACAGGAAAUUAAUGAUGCUCAAAGAUGCUUGUAUGUUUUUUUGAAUUCUUUUGAGAAACUGUAUGAUAAAUCAAAAUACUGUACACCAAAUAUGCACAUGCACACCCACUUGAAAACAUGUAUUGAAGACUUUGGCUCAGUUUAUAGUUUCUGGUGUUUCUCUUUUGAGAGAA